AUGAAAUAUAGGUCAACGCGCGGUUCCCCUAAAUCACUUAGCUUUUCAGAAGCCGUCUUGGUAGGUCUUGCUGAAGACGGUGGCUUAUUAAUUCCUCAUUACAUUCCUAACCUUCCUAUCGGUUGGCAUACAACCUGGCGAAACCUUCCUUACACAACCCUCGCCCAUAAAAUUUUUUCUUUGUAUAUUCCUAACUCGGAAAUACCUUCAAAAGAUCUGGAAAACAUUAUCACUCGCUCGUAUAACAGUUUCAAAACACCGGUUGUUGCUCCUUUGGUUAAAAUAAAGCCAAAUUUAUACAUCUUAGAGUUAUUCCAUGGACCAACUUUCGCUUUUAAGGAUGUUGCUCUACAGUUUCUAGGAAAUGUGUUCGAAUAUUUUUUGGAGAAGCAGAACGCAAAAAAAAGCAAUGCUGAAGAAUUGAAUAAAAUUACCGUUAUAGGAGCGACUAGUGGGGAUACUGGAGGUGCCGCUAUUUAUGGCUUACGUGGUAAAAAGAAUAUCUCCGUAUUUAUACUACAUCCUCGAGGAAAAGUCUCACCAAUACAAGAGGCCCAAAUGACCACUGUACCAGACAGCAAUGUUUAUAAUUUAGCGGUAGAAGGGACUUUUGAUGAUUGUCAGGAUAUCGUAAAAGCCUUAUUCAAUGAUACCCUAUUUAACCAAAAAUUUCACCUUGGUGCGGUUAAUUCAAUCAAUUGGGCCAGAAUACUCGCUCAAAUAGUCUACUAUUUUCACUCAUACUUUCAAUUACUUGAUUCUUUAAAUAUUACACCUGAUUCUCACAAUAUCCCUAGUGUAAAGUUACAAUAUAUAGUGCCCACGGGAAACUUUGGUGAUGUGCUUGCAGGAUAUUAUGCCAAAAAAAUGGGAUUACCGAUUGAUUCAUUGGUUAUUGCUACAAAUUCCAACGAUAUUUUAGAUCGAUUUUAUAAGAAUGGCAGAUACGAGAAUUCAGGUGUGGUUGAAACUCAUAGUCCAGCGAUGGAUAUCGCAAUAUCAAGUAAUUUUGAAAGAUGGUUAUGGUACCUGGCAUAUGAAGAGACUGAGUAUGACGAAGAAAUACGGGAAGAAAUAGACGAAAGAGUAAAUCGCGCAGGUCUUCGUGUUAAGAAUUGGAUGCAUGAUAUGAGAUCCGGUAAAGGAUUGCUAAUUGGAGAUGAACUUAAAAAAGUUGCACGUCGUGAUUUCAAUAGUGACCGAGUAACAGAUCAAGAGACGUUGGACACAAUUAAUCGUUAUUACUCUUGCAAAUCUAAAGACCAACUUUCCUCGUAUGUUUUUGAUCCACAUACCGCAGUAGGUGUGACUGCAGCGGAAAGACAACAUGUGACUAGUGAAAUAUAUCAAAUAUGCUUAGCGACAGCACAUCCCGCCAAAUUUUUUAAUGCUGUUGAAAAGGCACUUGAAAAUAUACCUUCUUUUAGAUUUGAUGCAAUCACACCUCCGGAAUUUGAAGGAUUAUUGGAAAAGGAAAAACGAGUCAUCAAUGUAGAUCGUGCUGAUCCAGAACUGGUAAAAGAGAUUAUAGAACGCGAGUUGAAAACAAACAACACCACCAAGACGUCAUCGAUUUCUUUAAUUGGCAAAUUCAUAGACACUUUAGAUUUUUCUGCCAAGAAACAUUCUUUUCAAAGACGUAAAGAUCCUCAACAAACCCCUUAUAUAAACCACCCAAUCGGUGUUGCUAAAAUCUUGACCGAUGCCGGAAUUGAUGAUCUUGCCACCAUCCAAGCGGCCAUUUUGCACGAUACGGUUGAAGAUACUGAUACGUCAUUCGAAGAACUUGAAUUACAUUUUGGAAAAGAGGUAAGAGACCUUGUAGAAGAAUGCACGGAUGAUAAAUCUCUGCCAAGAUUGGAUCGUAAGCGUCUACAAAUUGAAAGCACACCACACAAAUCGAAUAAAGCAAAAGCGAUAAAACUCGCUGAUAAAUUGAACAACUUACGCGAUUUGGUACGUGCUACACCCAUUGGUUGGUCAAUUCAAAGAGUCCAAGAAUAUUUUAUUUGGGCUAAAAAAGUCACAGAUGGAAUUGAAGGUGUAAAUGAAAAACUCGAGGCAGAACUUGAUGAAUUAUACCGGGAUGCUACACUUGAAUUUGAAGGUCAAACUUAUAAAGGUCACCCUGAAUACAGAUGA